AUGUUAAUAAGAGUAAGUUUACUUACUGUGCUAUGCAGGCUAAGCCAUGCACACCAGAUACUGAAGAAAGGUGGAUUGAAAGAUGAAAACAUAAUUGUGUUCAUGUAUGAUGAUAUUGCAUUCGACAAGCAAAAUCCUAGACCCGGUGUGAUCAUCAACAGGCCAAAUGGAACUGAUGUUUAUAACGGAGUUCCCAAAGAUUAUACAGGGGAAGAUGGAAGGACAUACAUGCGAGCAAUUGCCAACAUUUGCAAUGCCGGGGUCACCAUAGAGGAAAUGGCAGCAGUGUCAUGUCUAGUUCUUCCUUGUUGA